UGUGUGCUCGUAUCCUGCGUUGACAGCGUUGCAGAUAGUCAGAAGGGGAAUGAAUGGUUUUAUUGUUUUGCUUUUGACAGGUUUCUUGCUUUGAAAUGGCCGUACAACGUCGAGGACACGUUAAAAACUCUGACAGUAAAGCCAUAGAGAGAAAAAUAAAAAGGGCUAAUGCACAGAGACAGACCUUCACUUGGAGAGGCUUCGUUAUUGUCCUGCUGCUGUUGACUGGCAUCAGUGCUGCAGUGAUCUGGCUCUAUAUGAGUCUGAGUGAUGAGAUCACAGAGACUCUGGUCUCCAGAAGAGAAGUCCUGACAGAGCCUCGAUUAUUCCUGGUCCAGUGCUCUGAAGAUUAUGAAAACUACAAGCGGUUCCCAGGCUGUACUCCUAAGAAAUGUGGCCGAGCUGUUAUAGACAGUGUGGUAACCAAGGAGGAGGCACAGGCACUAAGGAGGUUAGCUGAGAGAGGACUAUCACUCGGUGGUUCAGAUGGAGGCGCAUCCAUCCUAGACCUUCACUCUGGAGCUCUGUCAAUGGGGAAGAAGUUUGUCAAUAUUUACAGGUAUUUUAGUGACCAAAUAAGGGAAGUGUUCACUGAAGAGGAUUUUACACUUUAUAGGGAUGUGCGUGGUCGUAUUCAGAGGGUGAUUGCUGAAACAUUUGGGCUGGACUCCUCUCAGAUGUACCUCACAAAGCCUACGUUCUUCUCUCGUAUUAACAGCACCAGUGCCAAGACUACUCAUGAUGAGUACUGGCACCCACACAUUGACAAGGUAACAUAUGGGUCCUUCGACUACACAUCAUUACUCUACCUGACAGAUUAUGGUGUGGAUUUUGGAGGAGGGCGAUUCAUCUUCGUGGACCCGAACAGCAACCGAACAGUGGAGCCUCGAGCAGGACGUGUGUCUUUCUUUUCCUCGGGAUCGGAGAAUCUCCACCGUGUCGAGAAGGUUGACUGGGGCACGCGGUACGCCAUCACUGUGUCCUUCACAUGUGACCCUGAUCAUGCGAUAGCAGACCCCACUCUGCCGUAGGGUCCCUCUUCAGCUAAGGACCCUGGUGCCUGGUUGGAGCCCUGGGACAGAAACGCAAAGUGAGACGACAUUUUGAAGAGCACUGUAUUUUUUAUAAUUGCAUUUCUCAAGACAUGCCAUUUCGUUCUCUGUGGAACAAAUUUAACAGACAUUUGCAACUUGCUGACAGUCUUUCUUGAUUUAUUUCUUGAAUUGGAACCACAAUGAUGAUGCAAAUAAUAAUUAUUCUUGUAAUUAACUUUGAAAUGAAAAGAGUUUUUACACGUUCAGAUGUUUGCCUCUUGUGGACCUUCGCUCUCUUUUGAUAAGGAACAGCUCUUGUGUCUCCCUUUAGCUUGGACUAUGAUUUUUUUUUUGUAAAUGACUCUUUUCUUGAGCCUGGCUGUGGUUCUUUCCUUUCUGGUCCCAUUUUGUCACAGUUGGAUCACACGCAACAGUUUGGACCAGACAAACGGCACAAGUAAUUCUCAACAGGUGGUAAGAAAAAAAUGACUCUCAAAGAGCAGAGCACUCUGAUAUCCUACUGAUGCAGCUUUUCAAAAGCAUGUACUGAAGCUUAUCCUUGAAUACUUUUCCUGAGCUGCACAGUAUCUUAUUAUAAAAGUUAAAAGUGGCUGAGCAGUGUGUAGUUUUCUUUUGUGAUGUAUAAACUCAUG